AUGCGUCCCGAAGUUGAGCAAGAGCUUGCUCACACCUUGCUCGUCGAGCUCCUCGCAUACCAAUUUGCUUCGCCGGUGAGAUGGAUUGAAACGCAAGAUGUCUUCCUUGGUGAGAAGACAGCCGAACGUAUCGUCGAAGUUGGACCGGCGGACACCUUAGGGGUAAUGGCGAAGAGGACAAUCGCAUCCAAAUAUGAAGCUUUCGACGCUGCCAAAUCCAUCCAACGUCAAAUCCUCUGUUAUAAUAAAGACGCCAAGGAGAUUUAUUAUGACGUAGAUCCUAUUGAGGAGGAACCAGAACCUACAGCCGCGCCCGCGGAGGCUUCAAGUUCUGCGCCAGCGGCAGCAGCAGCAGCUCCGGUUGCUGCAGCGCCUGCUCCCAGCGCAGGCCCCGCUGCGGCUGUGGACGAUGCACCAGUCUCUGCAUUGGAAAUUGUUAGAGCGUUAAUUGCGCAAAAGUUGAAGAAGCCGUUCCUAGAAGUGCCUCUCAGCAAAGCCAUCAAGGAUUUGGUCGGAGGCAAAUCUACACUCCAGAACGAAAUUCUCGGAGACUUAGGAAAGGAAUUUGGAUCAACACCCGAAAAACCAGAAGAUACCCCCAUCGAUGAGUUAUCGGGAUUAAUGCAGGCAACCUUCAAUGGUCAGCUUGGGAAACAAUCACAAUCACUCAUCGCUCGUUUAAUAUCCUCUAAGAUGCCUGGUGGAUUCAAUAUGACAUCUGCGCGCAAAUACCUUGAAUCUAGGUGGGGCCUCGGUUCUGGAAGACAGGACGGAGCUCUUGUCCUAGCUAUUACCAUGGAGCCGGCAUCUCGUUUGGGUUCUGAGAACGAUGCGAAGGCUUACCUCGAUGAUGUCGUGCAAAAGUACGCUACCAACGCUGGUAUCAGCCUCUCUACAGCUUCUACUGCUGGCCCAGCCGCCGGCGGUUCAGGCGGUAUGAUGAUGGACCCCGCUGCUAUCGACGCCCUUACCAAAGACCAGCGUGCCCUAUUCAAGCAACAACUAGAACUGUUGGCGAGAUAUUUGAAACUGGAUCUUCGAGCCGGCGACAAGGCUGCGCAGAACUCGCAAGAGUCACAACAAGUGCUACAGGCCCAAUUGGAUCUUUGGACUUCCGAACAUGGCGACUUCUACGCGGCGGGUAUAGAACCAGUCUUUAGUUCCCUCAAAGCGCGCACCUACGACUCUUCUUGGAACUGGGCGCGUCAAGAUGCCCUCAGCAUGUAUUACGACGUUAUUUUUGGCCGGUUGCAAGCCGUUGACAGAGAAAUCGUCAGCCAGUGUAUCCGCAUCAUGAGCAAGUCAAAUCCCUUACUGCUUGAGUUCAUGCAGUACCAUAUCGACAACUGCCCGACUGAGCGCGGGGAGACCUACAAACUUGCCAAGGAGCUAGGUCAGCAAUUAAUUGAAAAUUGCAAAGAAGUCUUAAAUGUGCCGCCGGCAUACAAGGACGUCGCCGUCCCGACUGGUCCACAUACAACUAUUGAUGCUCGUGGUAAUCUCAACUACGAGGAAAUUCCCAGGCAAAGCUGCCGCAAGCUCGAGCACUACGUCCAGCAGAUGGCUGAAGGUGGUAAAAUAUCCGAGUAUGGUAACCGGACCAAGGUGCAGAACGAUUUAGGGCGCCUCGUAAAGCUUAUCAAAGAGCAGCACAAGAUGUCCAAGACCGCGAAGCUCGAAUUCAAGAACCUCUACGGGAACGUUCUUCGUUCGCUUGCUAUGAAUGAAGCCCAAAUCUUACCGAAGGACGGCGGCAAAGCUAAUGGUUUUGUUAAGAAGCCUGCUGCGUUAAAGGCCAAUGGCCAGAGUGGCAAAGGCAAAAUGGAGACUAUUCCGUUCUUGCAUCUCAAGCGCCAUAACCUCCACGGCUGGGAAUACAGCAAGCGUCUCACUGGAGUCUACUUAGACUGCUUGGAAGAGGCUGCUAAGUCUGGUGUUACUUACCAGGACAAAUAUGUUCUCAUGACUGGUGCUGGUGCUGGCUCGAUUGGAGCUGAGGUUCUUCAGGGCCUAAUCAGCGGAGGCGCCAGAGUUAUUGUUACGACAAGUCGAUUUUCGCGACAAGUAACAGAGUACUACCAGGCGAUGUACGCUAGGUACGGUGCCCGUGGAUCCCAACUUGUUGUUGUCCCCUUCAACCAAGGCAGCAAACAAGAUGUGGAAGCUCUUGUUGAUUAUAUCUACGAUUCCAAGAACGGACUGGGAUGGGACCUUGACUAUAUCGUUCCAUUCGCGGCCAUUUCCGAGAACGGUCGCCAAAUUGACGGAAUUGAUUCGAAGUCAGAACUCGCUCACCGCAUUAUGUUGACAAACUUGAUCCGACUUCUAGGUUGCGUCAAGGCCCAGAAAUUGGAGCGUGGUUUCGAAACGCGACCUGCUCAAGUCGUGCUCCCUCUAUCUCCCAAUCACGGUACCUUUGGUAGUGAUGGUCUCUAUUCAGAGUCUAAGCUUGGGCUCGAGACUCUCUUCAACCGCUGGCAUUCAGAGGACUGGGCCAACUACCUCACCAUUUGCGGUGCUGUCAUUGGCUGGACUCGUGGUACGGGUCUCAUGUCUGGCAACAACAUUGUCGCUGAGGGUGUCGAACAAUUUGGCGUGCGCACAUUCUCACAACAGGAAAUGGCAUUCAACCUUCUCGGACUUAUGUCACCCGCUAUUGUGGAUCUUUGCCAGAAUGAGCCAGUAUUCGCAGAUUUGAAUGGUGGUCUCCAAUUCAUCCCCAACUUGAACGACACUAUGACGCGAUUACGUAAGGACAUCACAGAAACCAGCGAGGUCCGCCGAGCUGUAACCAAAGAGACUUCGAUUGAAAACAAGGUCGUAAACGGCGAGAAUUCGGAGGCGCUUUACAAGAAGAAGGUCAUUGAGCCACGUUCUAACAUCAAAUUCGAUUUCCCACCUCUACCCAACUGGGAGAAGGAAAUUGAGCCACUUAACGAUAGCCUAAAGGGUAUGGUAGAUUUAGAGAGAAUUGUCGUCGUCACAGGUUUCGCCGAAAUAGGCCCCUGGGGUAACUCUAGAACCCGCUGGGAAAUGGAAGCGUAUGGUGAAUUCUCUCUUGAAGGCUGCGUCGAGAUGGCGUGGAUCAUGGGACUCAUCAAGAACUUCAAUGGACCCAUCAAAGGACAGCCCUACUCGGGUUGGGUCGACGCCAAGACUGGUGAACCAGUUGAGGACAAGGAUAUCAAACCGAAGUACGAGAAGCAUAUUCUUGAACACUCGGGUAUCCGUCUAAUUGAGCCAGAGCUCUUUGAUGGGUAUGAUCCCAACAAGAAGAUGAUGUUACACGAAAUUCAAUUGGAAGAGGACUUGGAACCGUUUGAGGGAUCUAAGGAGACCGCCGAGGAAUUCAAGAGACAGCAUGGUGAUAAGUGCGAAAUCUUCGAAAUUCCAGAAACAGGCGAAUUCACUAUUCGUUUGAGGAAAGGCGCUACACUCUGGAUUCCGAAAGCCCUUAAAUUUGACCGUCUUGUCGCCGGACAAAUUCCCACGGGCUGGGACGCCAAGAAAUAUGGUGUUCCCGAAGAUAUCAUCUCCCAAGUUGACCGUGUUACGCUUUACGUGCUCGUCUCCGUUGCUGAAGCCCUCUUGGCUUCAGGUAUCACCGACCCGUAUGAAUUCUAUAAGUAUGUCCACGUAUCCGAAGUUGGAAACUGCAUUGGUUCCGGCCAAGGUGGUAUGAACGCUCUUAAUGGGAUGUACACCAAGCGCAAAAUGGACCACGACAUUCAGAAGGAUAUUUUGCAGGAAUCAUUCAUCAACACAAUGGCUGCUUGGGUUAACAUGCUUCUUCUCUCUUCUUCUGGCCCUAUCAAGACUCCUGUUGGUGCGUGCGCCACGGCUGUGGAGUCCGUCGAUAUUGGUUAUGAAGCCAUUAUGGAAGGCAAAGCACGAAUUUGCCUAGUUGGUGGUUUUGAUGACUUCGGCGAAGAGGGUUCGUACGAGUUCGCCAACAUGAAGGCAACAAGCAACAGUGUCGAUGAAUUUGCGCACGGCCGUACCCCGCAGGAAAUGUCUCGCCCCACCACCACAACAAGAGGUGGAUUCAUGGAAUCCCAAGGUUGUGGUAUCCAGGUUAUCAUGACAGCGAAGCUAGCACUUGAUAUGGGUGUACCUAUCUACGGUGUUCUUGCCCUCACAACGACGGCAAGUGACAAGAUCGGACGUUCCGUCCCAGCACCUGGCCAAGGUCUAUUGACUACCGCACGGGAAGCUCCCAGCAAGUUCCCCUCACCUUUAUUAGACCUAAAGUACCGUCGUCGGCAAAUUGAGCUACGCAAGAGGCAGAUCCGAAACUGGAAGGAGUCCGAAUUAGAAUACUUGUAUGAAGAAGCAGCAGCUAUGCAAGCACAGGGCCACAAAUUCGACGAGAAAGAGUACACCCAAGCUCGUGCCCUCCACAUCGAGAAGGAAGCCGCAAGACAGGAGAAGGAAGCCUUACGAAGCCUCGGGAACAAUUUCUGGAAACAAGACAAUACCAUUGCCCCUCUCCGGGGUGCCCUCGCAACCUGGGGUCUCACAAUCGACGACUUGGAUGUGGCCUCUUUCCACGGCACAUCGACUAAGGCCAAUGACAAGAACGAGUCGUCUGUUAUCUGCCAACAAUUGCGUCACCUCGGUCGCAAGAAGGGUAAUGCCGUCCUAGGUAUUUUCCAGAAGUACCUAACCGGUCACCCUAAGGGUGCUGCUGGUGCUUGGAUGUUCAACGGUUGCUUGCAAGUCCUGAACAGUGGUUUAGUUCCUGGUAAUCGCAAUGCCGACAAUGUCGACAAGGACAUGGAGAAAUUCGACUUGAUCGUUUAUCCCAGCCGAAGCAUCCAGACUGACGGUGUCAAGGCUUUCUCUUUAACUUCGUUUGGUUUCGGUCAGAAGGGUGCUCAGGUCAUGGGUGUUCAUCCCAGAUACCUAUAUGCUUCUCUUGACAAAGAGACGUAUACGCAGUAUUGUGCUAAGGUUAGCGCUCGUCAGAAGAAGGCAUACCGUUACAUGCACAACGGUAUUGUGAACAAUGCGAUCUUCCAAGCCAAGAACCAUUCCCCGUACAGUGACGACCAGCUCACCUCGGUCCUUUUGAACCCAGACGCCAGGGUUACGGAAAACGGAAAGACAGCUGAGCUCACCUACCCCGUCGACUUUGCAAGCCGAGCCGCCCUACCCCACAUCACAAAAGCUAAGAGCACGAAGGAGAUGGUAGAAAGCCUAGCUCGCAGUCUCCAAACCGGCAAGAAUAACAAGGUCGGCGUGGAUGUAGAGGAUAUCGCAGCCAUCAAUAUUGAAAACUCCACAUUCAUCGAACGUAACUUCAGCGAUAAGGAGAUCGCGUACUGUCGAAAAAUGCCCAGCCCUCAGAGCUCUUUUGCCGGGCGAUGGAGUGCGAAAGAGGCCGUUUUCAAGAGUCUCGGUGUUCAAAGCAAAGGAGCUGGCGCGCCCUUGAAGGAUAUUGAGAUCCUGUCUAACGAAAAUGGUGCUCCCAUUGUCUCCCUUCAUGGUGAUGCCCAAGAUGCCGCAAAGAAGGCAGGUGUUAAGGAGAUAAGUGUUUCUAUCUCGCACUCGGAGUCUCAAUCCAUUGCCAUUGCCGUCGCGACCUUUUAA